UUUAGCUGUCAGUGCUAGCAUGCUAUUCUGUGGUGUCUGAAUUGCGUCAAAGUUUGGAUUUUGCUGCAAGAUAUAUCCCUAGCUGUCGGUUAAAGAAAGCGUUUGUCAAUGUCCAAGGACAGCCGUCACGAUGGACGGCGCCGAGGUGCUGGACAGCACCGACUUGGACCAAGAGUGGGCCAAGGUGUGGAUGGGAGGGAGAGAUCUGGCAGCAACAGCUCUGGAUCUUCACAUGGAGGAGGCAAAAGCAGGAAUUCCAGCGUAAGCAUUGCCCUGAAGGCCUCGUUCCAGCGCUCCAACAGCCAUGACAAGGUGAGGAAGAUCGUGGCCGAGGAAGGCCGUGCCGCCCGCAACCUCAUCGCCUGGAGCGUACCGCUGGAGAACAAGGAGGAGGAGGGUAAAUCUAAACAUCAGACCAACAGCAGUGCAAGAAGUCAGAGGAUCAAUCCUGGUCAACACAGGAACAAAAAACAGGGCGGUGGGGGUGGGGGUCUCCCUGAUAAGGGUCCUCCAGAGAAGAGUCCUACUAAGACGCGUCAGCCCCGUAAGGUGGACCUGCGGGCUCGCUACUGGGCCUUCCUCUUCGACAACCUCCGCAGAGCCGUGGACGAGAUUUACGUCACCUGCGAGUCCGACCAGAGCGUCGUGGAAUGCAGGGAGGUGUUGAUGAUGCUGGAUAACUAUGUGCGGGAUUUCAAAGCCCUUAUCGACUGGAUUCAACUCCAGGAAAAACUGGAAAACACAGACGCUCAAAACAGACCCACAUCGUUGGCGUGGGAGGUGCGUAAGAUGUCGCCGGGCCGCCACGUGAUGCCCAGCCCCUCUGCCGACCGCAUGGUGCCCCCCUCCAGUGCCCGCCGCUCCCUCAACUUCGGGUACCUGACCCCUUUUGCACAGCCGCAGUCGAUGGCGGAGGUGUUGGCUAAGAAGGAGGAGCUAGCAGAGCGCCUGGAGCGUGCUAACGAGGAAGCCAUCGCCAGCGCCAUCGCGGAGGAGGAACAGCUGACGCGGGAGAUACAGGCCGAGAACAGCCAGCUGGAGACCGAUAACGAAACAGACUUUCCUGGCAGCAUUGGCAGUGGAGGCUUGGGGCUGAACCUGGACUGGAGCGACAUGCUGGCAGACUACGAUGCGCGCGAGGCGUGGAGGGCGAGUACGUCGUGGGGAGACAUGGUGGAGGAGGAGCCUGCCAGACCCCCCGGACACGGCAUUCACAUGCACGAGAAGCUGUCCUCGCCCUCACGCAAGAGGACGAUUGCGGAGUCCAAGAAGAAGCACGAGGAGAAGCAGCUGAAGGCGCAGCAGCUACGAGACCGACUGAGAGAGGAGAAGACACACAAGCUGCAGAAACUACUGGAGAGGGAGAAGGAGGUGCGUAAGUGGAAGGAGGAGCUGCUGGACCAGAGGAGGAGGAUGAUGGAAGAGCGCCUCUUGCACGCCGAGUUCAAGAGGGAGCUGCAGCUGCAGGCCAUAGUCAAGAAGGCCCAAGAGGAGGAGGCCAAGGUGAAUGAGAUUGCCUUCAUCAACACGCUGGAGGCCCAGAACAAGCGUCACGACGUGCUGGCCAAGCUGAGCGAGUACGAGCAGCGACUCAACGAACUGCAGGAGGAGAGACAGAGGAGGCAGGAGGAGAAGCAAGCGCGAGACGAAGCUGUACAGGAGCGUAAGCGUGCGUUGGAGGCGGAGCGUCAGGCGCGUCUGGAGGAGCUUCUGGUGAAGAGGAGGGAACAGGAGGCGCGCAUAGAGCAGCAGCGGCAGGAGAAGGAGAAGGCACGCGAGGACGCAGCGCGGGAGAGAGCCAGGGAUCGUGAGGAGCGUCUUGCUGCCCUGAGUGCUGCUCAGCAGGAGGCCAUGGAGGAACUGCAGAAGAAAAUACAGAUGAAGCAUGAUGAGAGUAGUCGUCGCCACAUGGAGCAGAUCGAGCAGAGGAAGGAGAAGGCAGCGGAACUCAGCAGCGGUCGCCACGCCAACACAGACUACGCCCCCAAACUCACCCCCUACGAACGCAAGAAGCAGUGCUCCCUCUGCAAUGUACUGAUCACCUCUGAGGUGCACCUGUUCAGCCAUACGAAGGGGAAGAGCCACCAGCAGGCCGUCCGGGAGAGCAGCAGCAUCCAGGGCAGAGAGCUGUCAGACGAGGAGGUGGAGCACCUGUCGCUAAAGAAGUACAUCGUGGACCUGGUGAGUGACAGCUGUGUGGUGAUGGAGCCCCUGAAGGACGGAGAGGAGAAGCAGCGCGCUCGCAAGAGGGCCAAGAAACUACGCGCUCGGAUGAACUCCAGGGCUAAGGAGUACGAGACGACAGUGGAGGCGAAGGCCCAGGUUCCCGACUCCCCUUACAAGGCCAAGUUGCAGCGUCUGGUGAAGGACCUGUUGAAGCAGCUGCAGGGCCAGGAGAGUGGCCAGUGGGCCAAUAACCGCGUCACGGGUCUCGACCGCACCCUCGGGGAGAUCUCACGCAUCCUCGAGAAACAGAACACUGCGGACCAGGUAGCGUUCCAGGUGGGCGGCGGUCUCCUGGCGCUGGAGCAGAUCCUGCAGGUGGUGACGGCGGCGAACACUGCGGCGGCGAUCCCACGCAUCCCAGUCAAACAAAGACCCGUCUACAAGCUCGGGUGCAACAGCGAGGAUAAGUCAGCGGGGAUUUCAUCCGCAGCAGAAUCCCUGGACGGAGUAGUACUGAGGAGGCCAUUGCAUGUACCAGACGAGGAUAAACCCAUCUUCGGUCAGAGUUUGUACGUACCUGAUGAGGAUAAGUCCAUCUUCGGGCGGAGUGUGAAUAAGCAGGUGUUCGAGGGGUUAACCACGGGUCUGCUGCACACGGCGGCCACGGUGCUGAGCUGCCUGCACCCCGUGGAGGGCGAAUCGGGGCGUGGCGGCGGCGGCGGCAUUGACAGCCCUCGCAUCACCUCCCCCGACAGCAAGGGCAAACAGUCGGCCAUCGACAGCUUCAACACGCGCGCCCAGGACCUCAUCAGCUAUGUGGUGAACAUGGGGCUGAUCGACAAGCUGUGCGGAUGCUUCCUGUCAGUUCAGGGCCCCGUGGACGAGAACCCCAAGAUGGCCGCCUUCCUGGAGCAGGCCGCCGCGCUGCUCUACGGCCUCUGCAAACUCACCUUCACCGUCACCAGCCGGUCUCUGAGCAUCUUCGAUAACAAGCGUCAGGAUCCGACCGGCCUGACGGCCCUCCUGCGCUCCACGGACCUGGUGGGUGUUCUGCACAUGCUCUAUUGCAUCCUCCUCCACGGCUCGCCGCCCCCCGACCCCCCCGCGGCUCCCCCCUCCACCUCCUCGGGCUCCAGCACCACCACCCCCAGCACCGUCUCCAGCAGCGGCGGGGGGCUCGUCCUGGGGGGCCUCGCCACGCCAACCAGCUACGCCGUCGCCGCCCCCCAGAAGCCCUACACGGCGGCCGUCAUCCAGGUGGCACUGCAGGGGGUCCGAUUCCUCAACAGCUUCUCGCUGCUGGACCUCUCCGCAUUCCAGUCUGUCUUGGGUGCGGAGGGUCUGUCCCUGGCAUUUCGUCACAUCGUGAGCUCGUUGCUAUGGUACUGCUCGCAGCACAAGUCUGAGGAGCUCCUGCACGAGGUCAUCAUCUGCGUUGGAUACUUCACCGUCAACCACCCUGACAACCAGGUGAUGGUGCAGUCGGGGAGGCAGCCCAGCGUCCUCCAGAAGUUGUGUCAGCUGCCGUUCCAGUACUUCAGCCACCCGCGCCUCAUCAAGGUGCUCUUCCCCUCCCUCAUCUGCGCCUGCUACAACAACACACACAACAAGGUCAUCCUACAGCAGGAGAUGAGCUGUGUGCUACUGGCCACCUUCAUACAGCACAACAAGGUCAUCCUACAGCAGGAGAUGAGCUGUGUGCUACUGGCCACCUUCAUACAGGACUGUGCCACGGCGGAGAACAGUGGAGACAACAAGGCACCAGCUCAAGAGCGCUCCUCCUCCUCCUCCUCCUCUUCUCCGCUGGAUUACUGUGAGCUCUCCAGCCGCUUCCCCAGAGACCUUUGGGACUCCGCUCUGCACUUUUUUCUCAAGAAACAAGAUGACUGAUUCACUGUAGUGUGUAUGCAGACACACACACACAUACACACACACACACACACACACACACACACACACAUACACACACACACACACACACACACAUACUGUGUCACGCCAUUUCAUACACACAUAGUAUGGCACCCGCACACAAAUGCAGUUUCACGCGCACAUAGUGUGGCACUCAUACAUAUACUGUACGCACACACACACCGAGCUUCACUAUGGAUAAUAGGAGCAUUACCCACGAGCUGCCAUUCCUUCACACCUCCUAGUCCACACACACACACACACACACACACACACACACACACACCGUGGUCACUCGUGGUCUCAUCAGACACAUCAGAUAUACACUACUGGGUCUCUGCUCUGGAACGUCUCAUCACACACACACACACACACACACACACACACACACACACACACACACACACACACACACACGGAUAUACCCUGGGUGUCAACCACGCCCACGGCCCCCUCUUUCUCUCACACACACACACACACACACACACACACACACACACACACACACACACACACACACACACACAGUGUUGGUCUUUCCAACGUCUUGCCGAGCAGCCUAGCUGGACCCCGGGCCCUCUACUACCACACCGAAGACCGUAAGCACGCACAACAGAAUGUAGCACAGGAGAAGAAGAAUACUGUUCAGACAACACGGUUAAAACAACACUGCUAAAGAAGAAUACUGUUCAAACAAUACGGUUAAAACAACACUGCUAAAGAAGAAUACUGUUCAAACAAUACGGUUAAUACAACACACCAGUGCUAAAGGGCUGAGACUGACUGACUGACGGCGGAAUGCUUUGGUUUGAUUCUGAUUCGUCCUCUUUUUGAUACAUUUCUGUAAUAGUUGAAGGCAAUUGAACAUGAAAAUACUGUAUGUCCCUUGUUCAGUGCUUCCGGUUUUUGUGUUUGAAAAUUAAUAUUCCAUGUAAGAUUUUGUUUGUUUUUUGUUAAUAUUGUAUGUCAUACCCGUAAGCCUUCAUUGUAUAAUUUAGUUCAUGCUGUUUAUUAAAAUAUAAUUACUACUGUUAUGUACUGUACAGGCCAUUUCUUUUCGAGACGCUUUUUCUUUGUUCACCUUGUAUUUGGGAGCACUUAAAAAGAAAUGAUAAUUUAUUGAAUUAUUUACGCAUCUGUCACAUUAUUUAUUAUGGAAUAAAUUGUUUUCUUCACGGA